AUCCCAGUUGAAAAGAGCAGUGGCAUCAGAAGCAGUUGUAUUUUCAGACAUGCUGUGUGAGAGCAGACUGUGGAGGCUGGCGCUCUGCCCGGACCAGGACAACACCGAGCCCCAGGAUCUGAGCUUCUUGGUCCCCCAGGACCAGGUCAUCAGGACUGGGUCCCAGAGCUCCGCAGCCCCCCUGCUAUCCACCCCGCCCUCCCCAGACCAGCUGAGAAGACGGGGGUACUCCACCCUCCCCCGAGAGCCCCAGAGCCUGAGUCUUUCGGAAGGGGAUUGCAUCCAGCCUCAUCCCCCCCAGGUGCCUCCUUACCGGGCUCUGCCACCACAGAAGAGACCCCAGCCUGGCAGACCAAUCUCCCCAGGGAUGGAGAUCCCCGGUCAGGCUUUCUCCCCUGCCCCUGCCCCCUUCCUGGUUCCCUCUUCCUGCCAGAGCAUCUGCCAGAACUACAGCGACCUCCACAUCGGGGGGGACCAGGUGCUGCCGAUAUUUACCCCAGACGGUGCGCUCCUUCCCUGCAGCGAGAGCCGGCCCGACCGGCCCUUCAUCCACUCCUGCGACGUCCCCCCGGCGGGGGAGGAAUUCCUCCCGGAGACGCCCUUCCUGCGGGAGGCUCCGGGCGUGCUGAAAGGAGGCUCGUCCCGCUGGAGGGCCGGGAGCGGUCGGGACCGGAGUUUCCUGCUCCAGGGGCGGGAAGGCCCCUUCUCCAACUCCCUGCUCAACCGCUACCUGGAGCACGAGCUGCUGGACCUCUACAAGCAGUACAUGCUGGAGAGCUCGGCCAGGGGUGGCGCCCCCGGGCCAGGCGACCCCGUCUCUCCCUGCCUUCUCCUGGGCUCGGAGCUGGUGAUCACCAGCCUGGAUCACAUCACCCUGCAGCUCAGCCGGGUGGGGAACCUGGAGGCUGGCCGGGCUAAGGACAUGGUGCUGAGCUGCUUGCUGAGGGUGGCCAGUGAUUUGGGGGAAAGCCAGAUCAGCACCCCGAUGCUCCAGAUCUCCAACGACGACCGUUCCUCACACACUGACAGCUCAGCAGGUCCUGAGGUCCAGACUCAACCAGAGACCCAGUCUGGGGUCACGUCUGUACCUGAGGAAGAGAGACAUGCUGACUUCUCUGAUCCCCCCGCUAAGGACAUGUUGUGAUUCACACCUGUCUGACCCUCAUCUGGGGAAUGUUUGUUAAAUGUUAAAUUUAAAUUGGAUCGAUGCAACUUUUCUCUCUGUUCUGCUUUGAUAUCCCCCUCCUCCUUUCAGUUCCUAUAUGCAGGGAGAGUUGGGUGGAAACCUUUAGUUUUGAGGAAACGCACCUGGUUUGUU